ACGUGGGGACGUGGGCGCGUGUGCUUUGUGUGCGUGGCCAGUCGAAAUGACGUUUCACCACUACUAUACGUACAAUACGUAUAUACAUAUACAUACAUGUGUGCGCCGAGGAGGAACGGCGAGGUUGGGUUACGUUACGCGGAACACUUUCGUGUGUGACUGAAGCAGCAGACACGGCGUGCGAUGUGUCAAAUUGGCACGCGUUUGCUAACAUGCACCUUCGCAUCCGUUUAACGGCGCACUGAUUCACGCGUCCCGGCCGACGACCAUGGAUUACACCUACGAAAACAUUGCAGCUCUGAGCGACGGCCCUUCCCCAGACACAUGCAUUCCAUUCCCCAAAAACAACAGAACGAUAAUCACAGAUGUGUACGCAGGAAUACCCGAGAACCUGUUGUUAAAUGUAAUAGGAUUUUUGCUUUUAGUCACCCUAUUUGGCCUGCUACGUAAGAAGGCGUGGAACUAUGGACGUCUCGCACUGUUACACAAAUCCGAUAACAGAUGGAUGGAGCUGUUCUACGGUGUUAACGAGGACAGAGACACCGAUCCCUUGUGCCUCGAAGCCUCCGUCAAUUCUCAGCUCUCUCAGUUGGACAGAGGAUUCUUCUCGUGGAUCGUUACCGCUUUUAAGAUUACGGACGAUGAAUUAUUACAACGUGCAGGGCCUGAUAGUUUGUUAUACAUUAUGUUCGAACGUUGCUUAAUCAUAUUGACCGUCAUGAUGCUUGUUGUAUCGCUGUGCAUAGCCCUGCCAAUAAAUUUUCACGGGAGCAUGCAACCGGGUGACAGCGCGACAUUCAGCCACACGACGUUAUCGAAUCUGGAGCCCACGUCCUAUGGGCUUUGGGUGUACACAGUACUACUCUUAUCUUAUCUGCCGGUCGGUGGAUUUGUUAUGAGACAUCGUUUGAAGCAGGUGCGAGAUACUAGGCCUACGGGAGAAUUUGUAGCAAGAACAUUAUUGAUUACAGAUAUACCAAAACAUCAAUGUACCGUUGAGAAACUUAGCGAAUAUUUUAGAGAAGCGUUUCCCGCUGUAACAGUGGAGGAUAUUACACUGGCUCACGAUAUAAAACAUCUUUCGAAGCUGGACGUAGAAAGAGAUUGUGCGGAACAGGCGCGUUUAUACUGCGAGAGUUAUGCCAAGAAGAGGGAACCUUUGAAAAUGUAUCCUUAUCCGUGCGGUCAAGUUCUUGGCCAUUGUUGCAAUAAGCAAGUGGAUGCUCAAGAAUUCUAUACCAACGAGGAAAUACGACUCACAGCACUAGUUGAGGAGGAAAAGAACGUGGCGCUCAGUAAAUCUCUCGGGGUUGCCUUUGUAACUCUAGGGACACCCGGUGCAGCUAAAACUAUGCGCAAACAGCUGAGGUCCUCGCCGAGUGUAAAGUGGACCGUGGAUUAUGCACCGAUGCCGUCAGAUAUAUUUUGGGAAAAUCUAAGCGUCCCCAGGCCGUGUUGGUAUCUAAAUGCUGUAUUAAUAAAUUGCGCUUUGGGACUUAUAUUGUUUUUCCUUACUACACCGGCUGUCAUAGUGACAGCUGUCAACAAAUUACCACUCACUGGAGAGAUUAAGAACCUUAGUUCAGUAGUUUCAUCUUUCCUGCCUACCGUAUUGUUAGUCAGCGUGGCUGCUCUGAUGCCUGCCCUGGUCGGCAGAUGCGAAUCGCUUGUGAGACACUGGACAAGGAGCAGCUUAAAUCGCGUUGUUAUGAGAAAAACGUUACUUCUGUUGCUGCUGAUGGUGCUUAUAUUACCCAGUCUGGGAUUGACCAGUGCAGCAGCAUUCCUAGAUUGGACCGUGAAUGACCGAAACAACACGGCGAAAUGGGAGUGUGUAUUUUUGCCAGAUCAGGGCGCCCUUUUUGUAAAUUACGUCAUAACCGCGGCCUUGCUCGGGAGCGGAUUAGAAUUGGUCAGAUUCCCGGAACUCGCGCUGUACACUUUCAGACUCUGCAUAGCUCGCAGUCGGGCGGAAAGGAUACACGUGAGGAAAGCGGUGCUGUGGGAGUUCCCACUGGGAGCUCAUUACGCGUGGUUGUUGCUAGUUUUUACUAUGACAACCGUCUACAGUCUGGCGUGUCCCUUGAUCACGCCCUUCGGUCUACUGUAUCUUGUGGUCAAGCAUCUGGUGGACAGGCAUAACUUGUGCUUCGCUUACGGACCGAGUAUUGGCGGUGGUCAAUUGGCCGGAGCGGCAGUUGGUGCUGCAGGAGCUGCGCCAGUUUUAGCGCAAGCUGCUCUCUUAGCCUUAGGUCUGGUAAGAAUUGGUCUAUCUCCAUUAGCCGCGGUGCAGCUCACUGGUCUCUGCGCGAGUAUCCUGGGCUUGGUGACCGGCGCUACAUUGCCAUCGAAACCCAAGACUCCAGUACCAAAAAGGGACCUCUCAACGGGUCAAAAUUUCGUGGCACCAGUAUUGCGAAAGACUCAGAUAUCCGUAGAAGAAACUAUUUCGACCGCUUCGAAUUCAGAAAUUAAUUUACCAAGUCCGACAAGUACCACUUCCUCUGUACAAGAAAGUCCAAAGCUUUACCAAAACUACGGCGGCGAACAAAGAGUUUAAUAAAUCCGUAUUUGUAUUUGUAUAUUCGAUAUAUGUGUAAGAAUGCAGAGUGCUUCGUAACUUGUUUAAGAAGCUACCCCAUUUAGAAAUGUAUUGUAAUUAUUGAUAUUAACGAACGCUGAUGCAAUUUAGGGAAACUACAGCACAAAUAAUGUAUAUUCUUGAAACAUUUUACAUCACGUUAAAUUAGCGCAAUUAUAACUUAUAAGAAAAAAA